CCAGUUUCGAGUUACCGUAUUCCGGCAGGAUUCCAACAUUUAGUUUGUACGUAAGUCACGUGAUUUUUAUUAAAAUGCGGGGCGCAUCACUUCCGCUGAAAUUGUUGACAUUGGAAACAUCGUCUGCAUCGAAAUGCCUCGCUACUACUUUGUAGCUGAAGGCUGUUCAUCGGAUUCUCGUAAAAAGGGAAGAUAUGGCUUCAUGGCCGAUUUGGAAUUCUUCGCAUUUCCCACCUCAAAAUACCCCAAACUCCGCAAGAAAUGGCUGGAGUUACUUAGACGCCAUGAGUUUGACCCCUCUCGCCACGAUAGAAUUUGCUCGAAACAUUUUGUAGAAGGCAGACCUACUGAAGCCCACCCGUAUCCUGAACUGUAUCGAUAUAAUAACUAUAAACGCCCACAAGAGACCCGUGGAACUUCUUCCAUUGAGAAAAGAUUCACAUGUACUACGAUGGAAGCCACGCCCACAAAAUAUGAGGCUAUACCAAGGCCUACAACAACGGGGUUUCUCGUAUCUCAUGAAAAUGAACGAAAACAACCUUUCCCAUUCCCAGUGGAGAGAGAAAUUACUGUUAAAUUCCUCAUGACAGCAGAACAAAUAGCAGCCCCCCAUGAUCAUGAUUACUGUUCAGUUGGCAAUGAAGUUGUCCAUUCCUCUGAUGUACAAUGUCAGACAGACUUGACCCUGCAUGACCUAGAGAAAUCUGAGGCUGAACUGUUGCAACUUCGAGACAGCUUCAGGAACAAAGAUGAUCUGAGGCGGUACAUGACAGUAGACAAGAUGACAAACAGUGAUAGCUCCGUUAUGAGUUAUUUGGGACUGCCAUCUGUUCUGACUCUAUUUGGAAUCUUCGCCAUACUUGACAAAAUAACACCGACACUUGCAUAUUGGAAGGGUGGAUCAGCCAUUCCUAAUACAGCAGCCAAGAAUCCUUCCAAAAAGUCUGGCCCAAAUAGGAAGCUGACUCGUUUUCAUGAAUUCCUUGUGACUCUAUUAAGACUUCGUCUAGCUUUACCUACAUUUGAAAUUGCAGAUAGCUUUGGUUUUUCUUGCACAAGGAAAAACACAUUCAAAGCUUUAGUUGCUGUGACACCCUCUGGAGCUUUUAUGUUCGUUUCUAAUCUUUGGGGAGGAAAUGUGUCAGAUAGGUACAUAACAGAACACAGUGGAUUUUUAGAUUUAGUAAAGCCUGGUGAUGAAGUGAUGGCUGACAGAGGGUUUUUGAUCAGAGACUUGUUGUUAGAGAGAAGGGCUACAUUGAAUAUACCACCAUUUACCAAAAAGUGUGCAUGGGGAAAAGGAUUGUCAUUAAAUCUGAAAUGCAUAACAGAUGGGAAAAGUGAUGCAGUAACCCUGCCAUAUCUAUGCUCAAACCAAAGAGUGUUGUCAGAUUGA